GAUGUGCAGCUAUAAAGCGAUUAGAUCUGGUGGGGUUCGCGCCAAAACAUCAACAACAGAAAAUUCUCUCCACGCACAGUGUAUGCACGCUUACAAACACGAGUAGUGUACUGGGACUACCGGCACUAUUGAAACCGUACCGUGCGUACCUGACACACAGGAGAGCGAACGAGGGUUAUCUUGAAGAUCGAUUUAACCACCAAUUCUGCGUUUUUUCACCCCGGAAUCCUAAACCUAUAGCCAUGACGGUGUCUGUCCAUGUUCGGCCGAUCUCCACCAACAACCUGCGCGAUGUCCUGGCCGGCGAACCCGGGGACACACGGCGAGUUCUGCUGGUGGACUCUCGUCCCUUCAUUCAGUUCAACGAUAACCACAUCGGCGGGGCACACAACAUCCACUGCCCGCGGCUGCUGCGGCGCCGCUCCAAGGGUGCGCUGGCCAUGGACUACAUCGUAACGUGUCCGGAGACGAGGGCCGAGUUACUGGCCGGGCUAUUCUCGACCGUCGUAGUGUACGACGAAAGGACGAAAGAAAUCGGAGACUCAACAGCGAGGGACAACAGCGAUCUUGUCUUGGUGUUGGAGUCUCUCCUGCAAGCCCCCGUGUGCCAUCUCACCACAGAAAUUACAUUUCUCCAAGGUGGUUUUGAGAAGUUCUGCCAGGAACAUCCGUCCAUGUGUUCCGCGUCCGCGGCCCGAGCCCCCAUGGACACAGAGGAGCCCAUACCUGUGGCCGGUCCGGUCGGCCCCUCCCUCCGCCUCCAGCGGCUGACAAGGUGCGCCACCGUGCCCCUCGCCGCGCCGCCCUCCGCCAGCAGCAGCGGCUGUGGCGGCGACGCAUCCUCGGUGCCGGCCCGCACCGUCCCGUUGCAUCAGGAGGGCGAGCCCGUGCAGAUCCUGCCCCACCUGUACCUGGGCAACGCCUUCCACGCCGCCCGCCGGGACCUGCUGGAGGCGCACGGCAUCACGGCCGUGCUCAACGUCUCGCGCUGCGUACCCAACUACUUCCUGAGCGAGGGCGCCAUUGCCUACAAGAGCAUCCCCGUCGAUGAUGACAACGAGGCCGAUCUGCUCUCCUGGUUUCCCGAGGCCAUUGACUUCAUAGACACCGUCAAGUUGUCCGGAGGCUCGGUCCUGAUUCACUGCCGAGCCGGCAUCAGCCGCUCGGCCACCGUUUGCCUGGCGUACCUUAUGAAGGUGCAGGCUAUGCGCCUGGAGGAAGCCUUCGAGUUCGUCCGCAGCUUGCGUAAGGUCAUCUCGCCCAACUUUUCCUUCAUGCUGCAGCUCCUCAGGUACGAGGCCGACCUCAAGCAGCAGCGGGAGGCUACCAGCAGUGGCUCUGGCGGUGGUGUCGGAGCCGGAUGCCCGGCUGGCCCCGGUCACCUGCCGGGCCGCGACUGCCACACGCCCCAUGACUUCACCCGGACCCUACCGGCGCUCUUCCCCGGAGCCCGCCGAACGCGCAGCGCGUCCCUACCCUGCCUGGUCCCCGCUUCGUCGUCAGAGAAGCCUCGGCACCAGGUGCCCCAGCCGAAGUGUCCCUCCGUCUUUAACUUUGCAAUAGCGCCCCCAUGUGGCUGGCAGCAGCCUGAUCACACUAAGGGUGCCAAGCCCAUCUGUUCUCCUUCCUAAUUUUUGUGUGUGUAAUAAUGAGUCUAUAAGGAAUGAGAAAGGUUUUUGCUGCUUGUUUGUUGCGUUGUAAAUGCUGCCUUAUCGGUGUUAUUUAAAUUGAUUAUUUAUUUAUAACGAAGAAAUAAAAUAAUUUUGAGAAGAAAAAAGUUAUUUAUAUUCAGUUCAGAGCCUAAGUUGGAAUGCAGUUAAGAUGUUAAUUAGAGACUAAUAAUCGGCAUUUUAGGUUUUUUUUGAUAAUUUGAAUUUUUUCAAUUAUGCUGAAACGUAUGUGUGUAGAAUUAAGCUGUCCAGAUUAUGUUCAUUUUGUCUGACUUUUGUAUUUUUAAGUAUUGAAACUCGCAAUAUUGUUGCCUUUGAAAUGACCAUUUCGUCAUUCGACAUUUUAUUGUCUUGUCGUUAUUCUGUGCUGUGCUUAUUGUUUUAAAGUAAUGUUUGUAUUUUUGUUACUAUUGCGGUUGUAUACUAAAAAAUAUUCAAACGUAAAAAAAAACCCACCUCUGCAAUCGAAAGUUGAUGGAGGACCAGACCUGUCUUUUUAACACCUUGGCUUCCCCCGAUUGUACAUAAGAAUCCAAAGUACUGAGGCUUUGACCGACUCUAUCGGCUCCUGCCCAGAAGUGGAAGGAGCCUGCUAUCCAGCCAGUGCUUACAGUCUAGGCUCUAGUGUUACUUUGUUUCUAGACGCAGCCACAACUUUUGGACACGGCUUAAGGUUUUUGCCCACAUGUAUAAUCAAGCCGUGUCUGAAAGACUUGGCUACGGCUUGAAAUCACACCCAACGGUAUCAUUGGAUGGGGACACGGGCACUUCCAUAGACGCGUGUGUAAUUGUAGGCCGGAGCGAAGUAGUACGGACGUGGCCAUACGAGUCACGGGCACGGCUAAGCUGUGGGUGGAUUUGACGUGUUUAUAACAUUUAAAACGUUGCAGAAAGUUAAAAAUGCGAGAACGUCGGGGGGGAAACAGUGGCAUGCGCAGUAUCGAUGGUCACUUGUAAUGUUUACAGUGUCACUGUUCAACUGUAUCCACUAGUCACGCUUAUUGUAUUUGAAAUAUGCACUCGGAUUAGAUCCCCUAUGUGAAAUCCAGCAAUUCGACCCUUACUGAAAUGCCUCGUUACUCUUAACCGACGGCUAUUUCUGUGUUUGUUGUUCAUGUGAAUCGCGAUACUGAAAUGUACGCUUUUUGCUGCCAUUGUUUUGUUGAGCUCAUGUCGAGAAAGGGGAAAAAGACACGAUUGUGUCAGUGGCAAAGGUUUUGACAUGGACGUUGUCACACUGUUUUUCGUGCGCGCGUGUUUUCGUUGACUAUUUUGUGUCGUCUCUGCAGGGUUGGUGGGGAAUGACUGGAAUAGUAAUAAUCAUUCACGGUAUUGUGACUUUCUUUGCGCAUUUUGCUUUGACGUGGUAGGCGUCGUAUUAAGCGUGACUGACAACAUGGCUGUCGUUUGGUAAAUUCCCACAUUGUUGGCUGCCGUAUACUGCAUUUGUAGCGAUUUUUGUGCAAUUUUGUACACGUUUCAUAUAGAAGUUUGUACUUUUUUUGUAAGACCUCACCAACUGAAACGAUUUUGGGUAAAGUAUUUGUAUUUGUUUAUGAUCACUUGCCAAGAAAAUAACCAAUGUGCUAAAUACAUGUAAUUACACAGGUGUUGCAAUGCUGUUGUUAGGUUCAUUCACCCUUUUCACGGGGCCAGUUGACAUUAUAUAUAUUUAGAUGUUAUAACAGGUUUUGAUUGUAAACAAAGUGAUUGCUUAUUUAUCAGUGACAUAUUUUGGAGACGUUUGACCCUGUCAGUGAAACUUUCCAUAUUCUAAUAAAAUGUUAUUUACGCAAAUA